AUGGCGCACCCACAUCUAGGCUAUGUCAAUCCAGUGACGGGACACGAUUUCGCCGAUCCCGGCGUCUUCUACGACCGUACCACGCAAACUUGGUACGCCUUCGCCACGAACGGCAAUGGUAAAAACAUCCAGUGCUCGUACACCAAGGACUUCUGCUCGUGGUCGCACCAUGAACACGACUGCCUGCCAGGUCCGCUACCGUCGUACCAGGCGGGCGCACCGGGCUUCCUGUGGGCGCCAGAGGUGAUCGAAGCCCCUCAGAACCGCGGAGGGUACCUGAUGUAUGUCUCGUGCCAGGACGCGAUCUAUAAGAAGCAGUGCAUCGGCGUCGCGUAUUCGGACAGCGAUCCCAAGGGUCCGUACCGGUGGAUCACGGACCGUCCGCUAAUCUCGCGCGGUGAGACGGGCGGGACGCUCGAUCCGCAGCCGUUCGAAGACCCAGCGAGUGGGAAGCGGUAUCUGGUGUACAAGUCGGAUUGGGACAAGAUGUACACCAAGCACCCGCAGCUGUGGCUGUCGGAGCUCGCGCCUGAUGGCCUGUCGCUCGUGGGAGACAUGCAUCCGCUCCAAGGCCCCAAGCACGGAUACCAGCAUGGCCUGCUCGAAGCGCCUUACCUCUUCCACCAUGCGCCGAGCAACGCCUACAUCCUCUUCUUCUCCUCGGGAACCUUCACCAACGGCACCUACGCCACAUCGUACGCGAUUUCGCACAACGGUCUCCGUGGGCCCUACGAGUGUCCAGCCAGACCGCUGCUCGAGACCGACCGCGCACGCAGCGUCAUAGGUCCCGGAGGCGCUUGCGUCGUGCAGGGCGUCGAGAACCAUUACUUUAUCGUCUUCCACGCUCUGGAGCGCGAAGAAGGCAACAGGCGGAUGUGCGUCCAGCGUUUGUGCUUUGAAAAUGACGGCACACCUGUGCUCUCGUCCCGACCAAAUUGCGGUAAGAGGCUGCGUCUGGGCGCUGAACACGAGGAUGACCUGCACCAUUUCGGUGGUCGGCCACCGCAGCCUAGCAGCGAGGGCGGCUCAGGCUCCAAAGUGUCGAAAUUGCUCCACAAGUUCAAGGACAAGCUCGAUUCGUAG